GGUGUGACAGCAAAGAGGCUUCCUUUCUGGAGUAGCGAGUUCUCAAUUUGACAUCCUCUGCAUCCGUUUUUUUAAGUUUAAUUAAUGAAUUAGUCAUUCAUUUCAUUCGGGCAUAUUGUAAUCAAUCAUGGCUGCUUAUAAAUUAGUGUUGAUUCGUCACGGAGAGAGCAACUGGAACCAGGAGAACCGCUUCUGCGGCUGGUUCGAUGCAGAUUUGAGCGAAACCGGGGAAAUGGAGGCGAAGAGAGGCGGACAGGCCCUGAAAGAUGCCGGCUUUCAGUUUGACAUUUGCUACACCUCCGUGCUGAAGCGGGCCAUCAGGACACUGUGGCUGGCCCUGGACAGCAUUGACCAGAUGUGGGUGCCAGUGCAUCGGACCUGGCGGCUCAAUGAGCGCCACUACGGAGGCCUGACUGGGCUAAACAAGGCAGAGACGGCCGCCAAGCACGGAGAGGCUCAGGUGAAGAUCUGGAGGCGCUCGUUUGACAUCCCACCUCCCCCCAUGGGCCCAGACCAUGACUACUACACUAUCAUCAGCAAGGACCGUCGCUAUGCAGACCUGACCGAGGACCAGCUUCCUUCCUGCGAGAGCCUCAAGGACACCAUCGCACGGGCGCUGCCGUUCUGGAACGAGCAGAUCGCCCCUCAGAUCAAACAGGGGAAGAGGGUGCUCAUUGCUGCCCAUGGAAACAGUCUGAGGGGGAUUGUUAAGCACCUAGAGGGAAUGUCAGAUGAAGCCAUCAUGGAACUGAACCUGCCAACGGGCAUCCCCAUACUUUACGAGCUCGACAAGAACCUGAAGCCCUUGAAGCCCAUGCAGUUCCUCGGAGAUGAGGAAACUGUGCGCAAAGCUAUGGAGGCUGUGGCUGCUCAAGGAAAGGCCAAGAAGUAGAAAAGAAGAACAAAAAAGUGUAUGAUAGUGUAGGAUGUCCCUAAUGACUGGCCUCAGAUUAGUGUAUUUCCUAAAUCUUAAGAUUUGUUUUGGACUGUAAUACAUGAUGAGCACACUGUAGAUUGUUGUCAAAGACAACCUCCCACUACUUGCACAGUACAGGGAUAGUAGAUGGUGAACAAUUGGAGUAUAUUAGGAUCAGGGGAGCCACAGCUCUCAAGAGAUUGUAAAUAUUUUUUGCAAAAUGGUCCAUUAAUAUUACAACCUUUUUAGAAAAGUAGCACUGAACUGAAUAAAAGUAUUACUGUAGGCUGAGAUGAUUGAUGUCAGGGUAAAUGGUAAUGAGCCUAAGGAAGUUAUUUGUGUCUGAUCAUAAUGACUUCAUAAUCCCAUUAAUAUUUAAAUGGAUGACUUAGAGUAGUGGAAUAUUAUAGUAUGUUAUAAUUUAAUAAAAGAAGACUUUUUAUUUACACUCAAUGGCCAUCUUAGAUUUUGUAUGAGACAAGAAAUGGACCACUGCAGAAGGUGACAACUUAUUAUCUCAUUUUUCAAAGCAUUUAAUUGAUGCAUUACACUGAUAAAAGGAUACCAUUUUGCAAUCUCUUGAGAGCAGGAUGGGUCAGUAGGAUGGCUAAACAGUCCUUUUCUUUUACUUUCUCUGUCUAUGAAUCGUAUUUGUGAAGUGUCCUUGUAUGUUACUGUCUGUGUUGUGUCUGACACUUUGUAUUUUUCUCUUCAUGAGGUUCAUCAUCACCUAUUUAAAGGUGCCAAACACUGCAUUACUGUCAGUACUGCACUGUAUAAGUGAUACAACCAUUAUUUGGAUUAUAGCCCUCCAGUUUACAGUACUGUUGUGAAGCAUGAUUAACCAAAAAUAAAAGGUCUAUAAAUGUAA